CGAUGAAUGUCCUCCGAAUGGCACCUCAUCCAUGCAAGGGAACGAACGCCCGGUGUCUUUCAGCCGCCAGGAUCACCACCCUUUUUCCAUAGAACUUGCUUCUGCUUUCUUCAGUGUUUGGUGUACUAGUACAUAGCUUGAAUCUUCAUCCUCUUUCUUUCCACAGCAGGGACUGAGUGGAUUUGUUUAGUCCAACGAACCGAGCCAAUCCUCGCGAACCGGAUGACGAAUUAGCUGAGUGGGCGCAUUCGCAAUUUCCCCCAAAGGACAAGAGCUACCUGCAGCAGUAGCCGGCUGUGUCCUUCCGGAACUACACCAUCGGGUCUCGACGACAAAGUGCUUUUCGAAAAAAACACCAAUGCGGUAGCUCAGGAUCAGAAAUCCGCUGUAGAUUGGAAUCGAAAAGAAAUUCAAAACGGAAAACAGUGGUCACUGUCACCACCAACCGACAGCUUGGGUUGCCGCCGCCGCCCUGACAAGUGGCAGAGGAAGAAGGGGGACCAACAACACCGGCACGGAUUGCAGUGCUGAAUCGCAUCCAACAUACGAAACCAGACAUAUUUACCUUUUCGCAACUCCGGUUACGAUACACAAACACAUACACGCAUAAAGAUGAACGGCUACGACGAGAAGCGUCAACUAGACGAAGACGCCUUUGGCGCCAAGGGGAGCAUAGUCAGCGCCUUUGACGCUUUCCCCAAAUCCAAACCCCAAUACGUAACCCGCACCACCGCCGGCGGCAAAUGGACCGUCUUCGUCGGCCUCAUCUCCUUCAUCCUCUUCUGGUCCGAAGCCUCCCGCUGGUGGCGCGGCUCGGAAUCGCACACCUUUGCCGUCGAAAAGGGCGUCUCCCACGCCCUCGACAUCAACCUCGACAUUGUCGUCAAAAUGAAGUGCCAAGACAUCCACAUCAACGUGCAAGACGCGGCCGGCGACCGCAUCCUGGCUGCCUCCCGGCUGCAUCGCGACCCGACGGUGUGGCAGCACUGGGUCGACAACAAGGGGAUUCACAAGCUGGGACGGGACGCCCAGGGCAAGGUGGUUACGGGCGAGGGGUACAUGCAGGGGCAGGGGCAUGACGAAGGGUUUGGGGAGGAGCACGUGCAUGAUAUUGUUUCUUUGGGCAGGCGGAAGGCCAAGUGGGCGAGGACGCCGCGGUUGUGGGGGGCGACGCCGGACAGCUGUAGGGUGUUUGGCAGUCUGGAGUUGAACAAGGUCCAGGGCGACUUUCAUAUUACGGCCAAAGGACAUGGAUAUAUGGAGUUUGGCCAGCAUUUGGAUCAUUCUGCAUUCAACUUCUCCCACAUCAUCUCCGAGCUCUCCUUCGGCCCCUUUCUCCCCUCCCUCGUCAACCCGCUCGACCAAACCGUCAACAUCGCCUCGGCCAACUUCCACAAGUUCCAGUAUUUUAUUUCUGUCGUCCCCACCGUCUACUCGUCGUCAGGCAAAUCCAUCGUCACGAACCAGUACGCCGUCACGGAGCAGUCGCAGGAAGUCACGGAGCGCAUCAUCCCGGGCAUCUUUGUCAAGUACGACAUUGAGCCGAUUCUGCUGCACAUCGACGAGGAACGGGAUUCUUUCCUGGUUUUUAUCAUCAAGGUCGUCAAUGUCAUUAGUGGUGCGCUGGUGGCGGGUCAUUGGGGGUACAGGAUUAGUGAUUGGUGUCAGGAGGUGUGGGGGAAGAGGAGGAGGAGGGCCGGAGGGCCGAGUGAGGGUAUGUUGGGUGGGAAGGGACAUGAGCGUGAUGAUUAGUUGUAGGUGGGAGAAAAACCAAAAUGUGGUGGUUGUGGAGGACAGGUAGAGUGUGAAAGAGAGAAAGAUAGACGGAUGUAGAAGAAAUUGGGUGAGACGUCGAGAUUGAGUUGGAAAGAUCUACAGAAUUUUCAGGUUUUCACAGCGUUGGUAGCGUCUAUAUUUACACGUUCCGUUAUUUCGUCUUAUG